AGAAUUUUCAGGUAAAUCUGUGUGUUCUUGUCUUUUUUUAUACUUAUAGUUUGCUUUAUUUUAUCCGAUUCAUAACAGAUCUUAUAACUAUAAUUUCAGAAUAACUUAGUCCGCGAGCUAAACGAACUCUGACCAGUAUAUAAACAGUGUAACAAUCAUCCCUGAAGUGUAGUGUAAGCCAAACAAAUCACCAAAGAAAGCUAAAUAAAUCCUUGUCUGUCUCCAAAUUAAAGUACUAUUUCUCAAAAAUUACCUGUAUGCAAAAACUUCACUAUCAAUGGCGUAAAGCAUUACCAACAAAAACCCCUUGCGUGUCCGAAACCUUUACACGAUUUGGGUCCAUAACCUCAACAACACAACACAUAAAAGAUCAUAACAAGAAGCCUCUGUGUGUGUGUGUGUAUGAAGAAGAUAGAGAAAAGCAAAGCUGGGAAAGCACGGAGAGUUAUUGUUGGAAGGUUUAUUCGAUUGUAUUCAUGAAAUCACGACGGCUUUUGUGUUUACUAGGAUGAGUGAUUCUGCUUAUCGUGUUGAUACUACUUCACGUCUUGCUCAAUGGCGUAUAGACAACUUGGCUUCUUGUACUUAUCGUAAAUCUGAUCCUUUCAAGAUCGGCAAAUGGAACUGGCACUUGGCUGUGGAGAAGAACAGGACAUUGUCCAUUAAAUUAUACCCAGAGAUAUCGAAUUUCACAAGGGAAAAUCCUCCAAUUGCAUCUUUUAUAAUUAGAUUAGUCUCAUCGUUGGGAGAUCGCAAGACUUUGAUUCACCCUGAAGUUAUAGACAAGCAACUCAAGAGUAACGACGAUUUUGUUUGGCCAAUUGAAGUCCCUUUAACUGGGAAGUUCAUCAUUGACGUUGAGUUUCUUGAUCUGAAGACUGCUGUGCCUAAUAGUGGGGAGCUGUGCUCAAUCUGGGCUGGAGGAUUAACCGAGAAGCAAUCGAAUGCAACUGCUCUGUCAUCACUUGGCCGGAUGUUGUCUGAGAGCAUUCACACCGACAUCAUAAUCAAUGCUUCUGACGGAAGCAUUGGGGCACAUCGUGCAGUUCUUGCUGCAAGGUCACCUGUCUUCCGAAGCAUGUUUUCCCAUGACCUCAAAGAGAAAGAACUGUCCGCCAUAAACAUCUCCGAUAUGUCAAUAGAAGCUUGCCAGUGUUUUCUCAAUUACAUUUACGGGAACAUACAAAAUGAAGAAUUUUUAACCCAUCGACUAGCAUUACUUCGGGCAGCUGAUAAGUACGACCUCUCAGAUUUGAAGGAGGCAUGUCAUGAAAGUCUAGUGGAAGACAUUGACGCCAAGAAUGUUCUCGAGAGGCUCCAAACUGCAUCCCUUUAUCAACUGCCGAAACUCAAGGCCUGCUGUAUGAGGUAUCUCGUGAAGUUUGGUAAAAUAUUCGAUAUAAGAGAUGAUUUCAACGCAUUUCUGCAAUAUGCAGACAGAGAAAUCAUCAGUGAAAUCUUCCAUGAAGUUCUCGGCGCUUGGAAAGGAUUCUGAUACAUUUAUUUAGAGCUACGAGAAAAAAUUGAACAGCGCAAAUUUCCUGCUGGUUGAUUGAUUCAGUAUUGCUUACAAGAUCAGUAUGUAAACGUAUGUUUACUGGGCAAUAUUCUUUGGUUUAAAUGAAUUUGGUUUGUGUAUAUUCAAUCUUGUACAUAAAAUUUGAUUUUUACUGAAACAUAUGUUACCAUUGAGCUUAUGAACAUCGAUACAUUGUGAUAUUUUUAUGAUUAUCAAUAGCAUGUCGAAUUGAACUGCA